AUGAAUGCGUCCGACAUCUUUCGCCAGGGCUUCGUCCCAGGUCCGAUCCGUCAACCGCCGCCCCAGCCGAGGUACUACCAACAGCCCUCCAGGACUCAGCCGCCGCCACAGAGUCGCGAUAGCGAUCAUGACGCGCCGAGUCGUGUUGCCCAUACGCUGACGGCAUGCUGUCGUUGUCGGCAGCGCAAAACGCGAUGCGACCCGACCCUGCCCCGAUGCUUGCCCUGUGAGCGCUCCGGUUCAGUAUGCGAAUACUACGACAGCACCAAGGGCCGCAAGAUCAGCCGCUUCUAUGUCGUGAAGCUGCAGGAGAAGGUGCGGCAGUUAGAAGCAGAGCUGGCCCAGUUCACGGAAGAAGACCUGCCCGAGGACAACGAAGACAUGAUCCGGCCAGGCGGCUUCGUUCGCCUCAGCGACUCCGACGAAACGCCCCGCUACCUUGGCCCCAGCAGCGGCAUCGCGAUGACUCGGCUUCUUAUGGAAGAAGCCAAGCGGUACACAGAGUCACAACGCAUAUCGGAGCUCAUCCCCGAGCUAAACGCUCGCCGUAUUGAGCGGUUGACACGCAUGCAGAGCAUAGCCGGGUUGCAGGGUCGUGCUGGCUCCAGCGUCAGCUCCGGGAGUCUGCGCAAGAAGAGCUAUCCCAUGAUCAGCGCUCACCCGGCCGAGAAUCUGCCAUCACGCCCCAUUGCGGACAAGCUGGUGGAAGUUUUCAAUUCUCGAGCGCAGGUCUUUACCCCGAUACUCCACGAACGCGUCUUCGCCACUCAUGUCGAUGAGGUUUUCGACGGCAGCACCGACCCGUACAAGAACUUUGCCGUGCGGAUGGUCAUGGCCAUCAGCCUCCAGAAGCUGGAUACCCAGUAUGCAGGCCUUGCCGAUAGUUACUACCUCGCCGCCAUGGAGUAUUUCGAAGAUGUCAUCCGGCCAAAGGACAUCAGGACCCUCCAAUGCCUCGGCCUCAUCGGACAGUACUCCCUGCUCACACCGACGCGCACCAACGUUUACCAUAUUGUCGGCCUUGGUACCAGGAUUUGCCAGCAGCUGGCUAUUGCUGACGAGAAAACCAUAGCCAGCGGCUUUCAAGUCAAUCCCCUUCAGCUUGACAUGCGCCGACGUCUAAGCUGGAUCGUAGCCACAAUGGAGCUCGGUCUGGCGCAUUCCAUGGGCCGUCCCAACGGCCUCGCAAAGGGAAACGACCUGGUUGAUGUCGGCUUCUUUGCCGAUGUGGACGAUGAGUACAUCACCGAGAACGGUAUCCAGGCUGGUCCUCCGUCAGAGAAGAAACGCGUGGCAAUCCACUUCUGCAAAAUGCGUAUCUGCCAGGCCGAGAUCCGCCGCGUGCUCUAUGAAAAGAAACGGCCAGAACCGCGCAGCGAGGAUCACCCUUGGUUCGCCGAAAUGGAAAAGAAAAUCAAGGACUGGCUCGACACGGCACCCGAGAACCCUGCCUGGUGCAAGCCUUGGUAA